AACUGUAAUUUUGUGCAUUUUUCUAAGAGGGGAGUUGUCUUCUUUAUUGUGGAAGCUGCUGGAUUCGCAAAGGGGGGUUGGCAUCACUCGAGGAGUAGUAGAUGCAUACAAAAAUUUGUUCUUUUGGCGUUUUCUUCAGUAUGUAGUUUCGAGAGGCAAAUGCUAAGGUGCACUCCCAGCUUUAAAUGACUGCAGUAGAGAUUAUAAAUAUCGUCUUGGGAUACUUUGGAAAAUAAGGAUUUUUUUUAACUUUUGGGAGACCGAUUUUAAACUUGCGAAAUCAUGGAUGAUUUUAAUGAUGAGGUGCUGCUGGAAAUGGAAAGGCUGUCGGAUGAUGGCGAGUAUGUUCUACAAGAGGUGGAGGACCAAGUAGUAGCUGUGGAUGGAGUGAAGCUGGGAAAUAAAGGCAUCCCUGUAGUAGAAUGGGUAGAGUCUGAUGGAAAGCCCAAUUCCUUAUAUUUUGUUGAUGGUGUGAGGAGGAUCGACUAUGUCAUGGUGUAUGAAGAUGAGGACAAAAAGAUACCCGACAAGAAGAAUCUGCCAGAGAAAAAAAAGAGGAGGAGAGAAGCUUAUGAAUCCAACCUAAUUAAAUGUGGCCUGCAGCUAGAGGCUACAAGAUCAGUCCUGGACGAUAAAAUUAUAUUUGUGAAAGUCCACGCUCCUUGGGAAGUUUUAUGUACAUAUGCUGAGGCCAUGCACAUUAAAAUGCCCCUGCAGCCUGAUGACCUAAAGCCUAAAUCAUCAAACUUCAGUUGCCUCACCAAGCUCUUCAGUGCAGAUGAAAGUAUUAUCAAACCGGAACAAGAAUUUUUCACUGCUCCAUUUGAAAAGGAUCGCCUCAGUGAUUUCCAUAUUCUUGAUAAGGACUUGUUUUUUACACCAUCUACCAGAAGUAGAAUAAUUCAUUACAUCCUCUGCUCUGUGGAGUAUGCAGUAAGCCGGGACAAUGUGAAAAAAGUAGGCAUUGAAAAGUUGAUAGAAUCAGGGGUCUACAAAGCUGCCUACCCUCUUCAUGAUACUAGAUUUAAUUACAUAUCUGAAGAUCUGAGUUGUCCCAAUGAAAGGUACCUUCUAUACAGAGAAUGGGCACAUCCUCGAAGUUUUUAUAAGCUUCAGCCUUUAGAUCUUAUCCGGAAGUACUUUGGAGAGAAAGUUGGUAUUUAUUUUGCUUGGCUUGGUUACUACACAAAAAUGCUAUUGCUUGCAGCAGUGGCAGGUAUCUGCUGUUUUGGUUAUGGUUAUUCCAUUCGAAACACCAGCACAUGGAGUUUGGAAACCUGUGAUGCUGAUAUUGGUGGCAAUAUAAUAAUGUGUCCGCAGUGUGACAAAGAAUGUACUUACUGGAUGCUCAACAUCACAUGUGAAUCAUCCAAGAAAUUAUGCAUAUUUGAUAACUUUGGAACAUUAGUGUUUGCAGUGUUUAUGGCAAUUUGGGUUACUUUAUUUUUAGAAUUCUGGAAAAGAAGGCAGGCUGAGCUUGAAUAUGAGUGGGAUACAACUGAAUUCUUAGACCAUGAGGAACCAGUCCGCCCAGAGUAUGAAGCACGGUGUAUUCGUUCAGUAAAAAAUCCUAUCACUCAGGAAGUAGAGCAUGUUCCGUAUACAGCCUGUGGGAAAUGCCUGAGAAUGUCUUUAUGUUCAACCGCAGUGCUGUUCGCAAUCUGUUUAAUCAUCGUUUCAGUGGUUGGAAUAAUCGUCUACAGACUGUCAGUUUUUGUUGCAUUUUCUUCAACGCUUCCCACUGUGAAAAAUAUCAAACCCCUUGAGAAUUAUCUGACUCCACAAAUGGCUACCACAAUUACCGCCUCUCUUAUUAACUUCAUUAUCAUCAUGAUACUGAACAUGCUGUAUGAACGACUUGCUAUCAAAAUCACAGACUUUGAACUACCAAGGACACAGUCAGACUAUGAAAACAGCUUGACAUUGAAGAUGUUUCUGUUCCAGUUUGUCAACUUUUAUUCCUCUUGUUUCUAUAUUGCAUUUUUCAAAGGCAAAGUUGUAGGAUACCCUGGUGACCCAGUCUACUGGCUAGGAAAAUACAGAAAUGAAGAGUGUGAUCCUGGUGGCUGUCUUCUGGAACUUACAACCCAGCUGAUGAUUAUAAUGGGAGGUAAAGCUAUCUGGAAUAAUAUUCAAGAAGUUCUUCUUCCCUGGAUAAAAAAUCUUAUUGCACGAUACUGUGUAGGUAUAAAAUCAGAACAUGUCAUUCCUCGAUGGGAGCAAGAUUACCAGCUACAAAUGUUGGGAAAACUAGGACUGUUCUAUGAAUACCUUGAAAUGGUAAUCCAGUUUGGCUUUGUGACCUUAUUUGUGGCAUCCUUUCCACUGGCACCUGUCUUAGCCUUUUUCAACAAUUUGAUAGAAAUCAGAGUGGAUGCUUGGAAGCUGACUACCCAGUACAGACGUCCAGUGCCGGCAAAGGCCCAAGACAUUGGAGCAUGGCAGCCAAUCUUGCAAGGAGUGGCCUUUCUUGCAGUGGUAACAAAUGCAAUGAUUAUUGCUUUCACUUCUGAUAUGAUUCCACGAUUGGUGUACUACUGGUCAUUCUCCACACCACCCUAUGGUAACAGCCCUAAUCAUACGAUGGCGGGAUAUAUCAACAGUUCCUUAUCGGUCUUCCAGAUAUCGGACUUCAAAAAUUCAAGUAAACCAAAGAUUACCCCAGAGUGGUUUAAUGACAGCAUCCAUACUACAUGCAGGUACAGAGAUUACCGCAAUCCUCCAGGACAUCCUCAGCAGUAUGAAUUCAGCAUCUUUUAUUGGCACGUUAUUGCUGCCAAGCUAGCCUUUGUUAUAGUUAUUGAGCAUGUUGUGUAUUCUGUGAAGUUUAUUCUCGCUUACAUUAUUCCGGAUGUGUCAAGUGAAACUAGAGAGAAGGUCAAACGGGAGAAAUAUUUGACACAGAGCUUACGUGAAACUCGUCUAAAAAUUGUGAAGAAAAGGAUUGGCAGUAUAGCUGACAAACUUAUAAAAGGACAAACUGGGGAUUUUAGAUCGAAAAUAGAAUAGCGAUAUUUGAAUAGAAGCCUCUUCCUCUCAUUUUACUCUGACUGUGUGAUGGCAAAGACACCUUGGAUGUGUGAAUCCUACAGAUCUUUAUUUCUUGUCAUCUGAUACAUUAACAGAAAUUUUAAUCUGUUUUUAUCAACAAAUAGCAGUCAAAGCUUCUAUCAAGUCUUCAAUGUCAAUCCUUGCAAAUAUGUAAAUUACUUAGAGCAGUUUUGUUUUAAUUUAUUGAGUUUCUUUAAAUGUUUUUUGAAACCAGAAGAGUUUAAAACAUUUUAGAAUUAAGCUCAUUAUUGCAUUUGAGACUGCCAAGAUAUGUAUUUCUCUGUACAUACAGACACCUAUAAGUUUGCCAGUAUUACUGAGUCCUGGUCUCACAGAAGACUGUUACCAACAUAUGUGUAAAAUUGGCUGUUAUAAGCAUGUGUAUCAUUAUUUUUACCUUCUAAAAUGGCUGGUUAGUCAGCUGUGUAUAAUAAAAAGCAGUACUCUGGUGGUCCAUAAGGGAAAACAAACUAUUAUACUUUCAAAUACAGAAAUUGAAAAGUCAAAUAUUAUAAAAGAAUCUGUUAUUCAUAAGAAAGCAUUAAACAUGUCUAUUUGGUCAAAGAUUCGUCUUCCAAACAGUUAUAAAAUAGACCUAAAAAAUCUAAAAAAUUUAGUAAAAGUGCAGGAACCAGAAGGAAGACUGAAAGUGAGUAAAAUGAGAUUACACGGUUAUAAAAUAUAUCUUUUUUAAAAGUGCAUGAAAGAACUGACCAUUGAAAAGCAUUUUUCUAAUUUUAUAAUAUUCAUUACAAUUAACAUAUUUUUAUAGAAAAGGUUUUAAAUAUAUACACAUUUUAGUUGUGAUAGCUUUGAUGCAGUGAACUUCAUAUACUACCACUUGCUUUUAAGUAUGUUAUUUCUUUUAUGUCACUAAUUUAAAGUUUUGUUUCUGGUUCCUGUUUUUUAAUUAAAAAAAACGAUUAUGUUAAUAUUGUUUUGGACGUAAAUGUUUGACCAAAUGCAAAGCUAUAAGGUACUUCAGAUUUUUUUUUCUUUGAAAUGCCUGAUGCUUUUAUAACAUAUACAUAUUUAUUCAGUUUCUGUACUAUAUGGUUGUGUUCAUUUCUAGCAGUUUAAUGAAGUCCAUUGCUAAUGGAUAAAAGCACUUACUGGUGCACUUUUUUCUGUGUGUAAUAAACAUUUAUUUUCCCUUCUGGAUUACUGAUGCAAAACUUUGUUUUGUUAUUUUUAUUUUAUCUUAUGGUUUAUGUGCUUAAUUUCCCCUGCCCUGGUCCUGUGUUGUUAGCCAUUUGGGCUUACGUGUACUUUUAUCUUCUGUGAUAAUCUUCUGACCAUUUGGGCUCAAACAGAGGUGUCACAUUUGGCUGGUAUAGAGGAUCUCUACUUCUGAGGUUAUAUACUUAUGUUUAGUUAAUCCUUUAAUCAUUGAACUGCAUUUCAUUGCCUGAUUUUUUCCUAUAUCUGCAUGUGGUUCACCCCUGUUUUGUACAUCACUCACAAAGACUGAUUUGACCUUGAAAAGUUACCUGAUACUAUUACUCGGGGUCAUUUUAAUGUAUCCAAGCAAACCCAUUAGUACAAAGCAAACACUGAAACAUAAAAUGAUGGCAUCAUUAUGACUGUGUAAGUAACAUACAUUCUUAAGAAGGUACAGACUGUGGUGCACACAAUUACAAUAACUACUUGGAAGCUUGCUCUAUCAGUUUUAGAACUUGAAAGUAUAUAUAUAUAUAUAUAUAUAUAUAUAUAUAUAUAUAUAUAUAUAUAUAUAUACACACAUAUGUUCUUGUAGUUUGUUUAUAAAACCCAAAGCAUGUAUACUUUCUAACACUGUAAGAAGCAGUGUUUCUAGAUGCCAGCGCUAUUGGCUAGGCAUUAACUCUGAGUUCGCAUAAUAAUACCGUCAUUGCUGCUUCAUUGAAAUUGCUUUGACAAAAAAGAUGUAAAGUUUGGAAAGGGGCCUAACAUUUUAAAAUGAUGUAGCAAGGGAGACAUAAUAUGCCAAUAUGCCACAGAUGGGUGUGUGUAAAAUAUGACAUAUCCAAACCUGUAUGCGGUCUAUCACUGUCAUACAGUAUUCAGCAUUUUAAUAUGCUGAAACCAGAAUUUUAGUAAGUAAUUGUUGAAAAUGGUUUCAAUGAAAAUGUAUAUUUGUCGAACUGUACAGUUUUUACACAUGAUAAAACAGUGCCAUGUUUUAAAUAAUUCUUCAGUAUAACUGUGGUAUGAUAAGUAAAUGAAAAAUGAAAGUAAUGCAUUGGUUAUGAUAAGAUUUUGCAGUGUAAAGAGAUGAUUUAGUUUAUGCUGACCACUGUCAUUUAUUAUUGUUAGGUCUGCUGCAGAAUGGUAGGCAAAGUCUUUUUUUUUUCACUAUUAGAUUUGAAUGGUUUAAUUAUUGUGGAAACAAAUCAGUACAUAUAAUAUAUACGUCAUGUCACAUCCUUUGCACAGAAAAGCAGGAACCCGUGUGUGUGUGUGUGUGUAUAUAUAUAUAUAUAUAUAUAUAUAUAUAUAGAGAGAGAGAGAGAGAGAGAGAGGUUUAUAUCAUAUUAUCGAGUUUUCAGAAACUCGAAAUUCAUAUGGUCGAGACAUGUUUAUGCAGACGGGCAAGCCCCCAGCACCCACCCCCUGCAAAUUAUAUAUACUAACUCCAAGAUCACACUACAGUGGA